CACUGUUUACUUCCGGGUGAAAAGUCAAACUUGCCCUUGUAGGUUCUUUUUGUUUAUGAAGCAGUUUUCUUACUUUGAUAGAAAUUGCAAAAGCUACACGAAAGAGUAAUUAAUUAUUAUCAAAUAUGUCGUCUGAUAAGCUAAUUGGACCCGCGUUACCGCCCAUGUUCAGAAAGGAGAGUCUUGAAGACUCUGAUAGUGAAGAAGGAUUCGCCGGUCCUGCUUUGCCUCCUGGUUACAAGCGUGCAGAACCGUCGAGCUCCUCUGAUGAGGAUGAAGAGGUGUCGUUCAAAAGAGCCAAAACUGGACACACAUCAGGAGACAGAUCUACAGAGGAGAACGAAGAAGAAGAAGAAGAAGAUGAUGGUUUCUUUGGACCAGCCCUGCCUCCAGGAUUUAAGAAACAGCAGAGUUCACCAGACAGGCCACCUGUACUGGGACCAGCUUUGCCUCCUGGGUUUCGUAGAGCAGCGUAUGAAAAUGAUGAUGAUAAUGAUGGUGAAGAUGGAGAGGGCUACCCAGGACCUGCCCUUCCACCAGGCUACCAGGCUGAGCCCUCCAGCAGUGAGGGAGAGGACGACGACAUGAUUGGACCCAUGCCAGCCAAAGGACCUAUUCAAGACUCUGUGACUCUAGACUUUGAGCGCAGAGCACAGAGAAUGAAAGAGAAGCUGACAGGAGAUGAUACUCCUGAGGUGCUGACCAGAGAAUCAUGGAUGACUGAGCUCCCACCAGAGCUGCAGCACAUCGGUUUGGGGGCCCGAACUUUCAAGAAGAGGUCGGGUCCAGAGAACAAGGAUCGCUCCAUUUGGACAGAUACACCAGCAGACAGAGAACGCAAGGCCAGGGAGCGCCUUGAGAGAAAGAAGAAGGGUGAGGCAGAGAAAGAUGACGUACCACAACUUUCCAGGAAAGACUUGGAAAUGGCAGAGAAAGUGUCUCAGUAUAAUGAGUCUAAACGUGCUGAGUCUUUGAUGAGUUUGCAUUCGAAGAAGAUGAAGGAAAAAGCAAAAGAGAAAGCUGACAAACCAGUGGAGAGGAGACCAUUUGAUCGGGAUGCCGACCUACAGGUGAACCGCUUCGAUGAUGCGCAGAAGCAGCGGCUGCUGAAGAAGUCUCAGGAACUAAACACACGAUUCUCCCACAGCAGGGACCGAAUGUUCUUGUAGCGCACUGUCAAAAUAUUAAAAAAUUAAAAAAUGUUUUUGAACAUGCAGACCUCCACUGGCCGUCUGAUUAGGAAAAUUUUCAUACGAGGUUUGUAUGAUAUGGACUAUGUUUCUACUGUAUAUGAGGUAAAUUAAACUGGAUUAAAUGGACAAUAAAGACAUGGCAGACAUGUCCAGUUAUUAAAAGUACAUGUCUAUGACUGGAUGCAAUGUUACAUGAAAUUUUUCAAACUGAUUCAAGCUGUUAAAAAGCAGCAGCCAGUGGAGCCUGCAUAUUUUCCCAGGAGACACUGUCUUAGGGUUGAUGGUGUGGUAAGAAAGCAAACAAAUGAAAUAUUUUUCCUACAUUGAUAUAUCAGCUUGUCUUUUGAGACUGGACUAUAUUUCUGCCGGUACCAAUGACAUAGCACCUGAAAAUAUUUAGUUGAUAAUCAUCCUGUUAGAAUAUAGUCAUAUUGUAAGUCAUUUUCAUUUAGUAUGCUAAAAUGUUUGAGGAAUUUAUUGGGAAACCUCCAAUUCAGUAAUUUCUUAUUAUUCUUAAUUCAGCUAUUACAAUGAGAGAUGGUAAACUAUUAUGCCCAAGUGUAAGUGCAUGUAAUCACAAAUGAAACAUAACUGGGAAUAUUAUAACAAUGGUUUGCUGUGUAAGAUAAUUAGCUUUAUCAUAAGAUGUUUCAGCCCAUAUUUAAACCUGUCAGACUUCAAACUGUGACUGUUUUUCAUUUAGCCACCUCAUAUGUUUUUGAUGUUGGUAUAUAUGAAACUUUUCAAAACAAUGCUUUUCUUAAACUUGACUGCUCUCUGGCUAAAGCAAUGAAUGGCAUCAAAACGUUGUCCUGCAAAGCUCAAACUUUUAUAAGAAUAUACCCUUUGUUAAACUGUAAUUGAUUUAUUUUCAAUGUAAGUUUCUUUUUUGCUGUAAAAUACAGUCAUGCUGCAGGUAUUUCAUGUAACUUUGUAAUUUUUCUUGCAUACUGAAGCUGUUUUUACAAAUGUGUUUUUGUUUAAGUUGAUUAAAAGUUUUUUUAAAACCUA